AUGUUUGAGACUGCAGAGCUGUACUUCAAUGUGGACCAUGGCUACCUGGAGGGCCUGGUGCGAGGAUGCAAAGCCGGCCUCCUAACUCAGCAGGACUAUGUCAACCUAGUGCAGUGUGAGACCUUGGAAGAUCUGAAAAUUCAUCUCCAGACCACUGAGUACGGCAACUUCCUGGCUAAUGAAACAAACCCUCUCACUGUUUCCAAAAUUGACACAGAGAUGAGGAAAAAGCUCUGUAGAGAGUUUGACUAUUUCCGGAAUCAUUCAUUGGAGCCCCUGAGCACGUUUUUCACCUUCAUGACAUGCAGCUAUAUGAUAGACAAUGUAAUUCUACUGAUGAAUGGGGCAUUGCAAAAGAAAUCUGUGAAAGAAGUUCUAGCCAAGUGUCACCCAUUGGGCCGUUUCACAGAGAUGGAAGCAGUCAACAUUGCAGAGACCACCUCAGAUCUCUUCAAAGCUGUGCUGGUUGAAACACCAUUAGCUCCAUUCUUCCAAGACUGUAUGUCUGAAAAUACUCUCGAUGAACUGAAUAUUGAAUUACUGCGCAAUAAACUAUACAAGUCUUACCUUGAGGCAUUCUACAAAUUCUGCAAGGAUCAUGGUGAUGUCACAGCCGAAAUUAUGUGCCCCAUUCUUGAGUUUGAGGCCGACAGACGUGCUUUAAUCAUCACUCUGAACUCAUUUGGCACUGAAUUGAGCAAAGAAGACAGAGAGACCCUCUUCCCCACCUGUGGCAAGCUCUAUCCUGAGGGGCUGCGUUUGUUAGCUCAAGCUGAAGACUUUGAGCAGAUGAAGAGAGUAGCAGAUAAUUAUGGAAUUUACAAGCCUUUGUUUGAGGCUGUAGGUGGCAGUGGGGGGAAGACAUUGGAAGAUGUGUUCUAUGAGCGAGAGGUGCAAAUGAAUGUGCUGGCGUUCAACAGGCAAUUCCACUAUGGUGUGUUUUAUGCGUAUGUAAAGUUGAAGGAGCAGGAGAUGAGAAAUAUCGUGUGGAUAGCAGAAUGCAUCUCACAGAGACAUCGAACUAAAAUCAACAGUUACAUUCCGAUUUUAUAAGCCAGGGAUGAGGCCUCAAAUGUAGAAACUUAUGCCUGUUGAAAGGAAGUUAUUGAGGGAGGAAAAGGGAUUGUGUCUUACAUUAUCUAGAUUAUACAACAGUAAGUCUUACCUAUCUCCUCUCCAUGAAUUGCACGUCCCCUGGAAGUCUAGUAAACUGAACUUAAAACAAAGUAUUCUCUUUUUAUUUUCAGCAAACCUUAAUCAUUUUUGCCCAUUUAUGUCUCGUUGCUCACUGACCUUACACAGUCAUUUUAGUUGACCCUGUAGUAUUUUCCUGCUCUCAUUUAGUUAUGUUAAAAUUCUACCUAAAUGGGUAUUUCACUCUUCCUUUUUGAUUCUUCUCCCCAAACUCAAACACUGAGUGCCUGAUCUACUUUUUAACUGAAGGUUCCUUCCUUGUAGUCACAAAACUGCAAAGCUGUGUGUAGCCAAUGUAUACCACGUUUGGUGAAUAACAUUAUCUUCUUUUCCCCCCAAGACACUUGAAUUGGUAAGCCUGAG